UUCGAUGUCAUCUUGCCACAGACUCCAUCCUUAAGUAAUCACAUCCAGUUCAUAGUUCAACUCGAGCGAAAGGCAUUUGCGGGUGUUGUUUCGAGUCAGUUUUGUUCAGCCAUAUCAGUGUUGCACGGAAUUCGAUAAGAGUUCCACUACCUGUGUUGGAUACCAGGCAGCUUCUCAUGAAAGGCAACUUCUCGUGUCAUAGUUGCUAAAACCUGCAGAAACGUUAUUAAAAUGCGCAUCACAGAAGUGCGACUGUUUCAAACACUUCGCUUGACCAGUUUACACGUGAAAAAUGCCGUGACUACUCAAGUCAGACAGGUGAGACACUUUGGCUCACAUGAUUUAGGAUCUCGCCGAACGUUGUGGAGAACAGGGCAGACUUCAGGACAUUUUGGUUGUGUUACAUCUCCACUGCAGACGCCAUGCAAACCUUUUGUUUACUUACACAGUGGAAAGAGACAUUUUUACAAGAGACAAUGUAUCCAUUCAUUCUCGACCAGAAAUGCGUACGACGACGCUUUCACCACAGCAAGGGAUAAUCCUGAAAAGUUCUGGAGCGAAGCUGCACAAAAUAUCGUUUGGUUUGAACCAUGGCAUCAGACUUUGGACAAGACAGAUAUCGUACUUCCGAAAUGGUUUGUUGGAGGGAAGCUGAACGUCUGUUACAAUGCAGUGGAUCGGCAUGUGGAGAGUGGGCGAGGGAAUCAGCCCGCUAUCAUCUAUGAUAGCCCUGUUACCAACACAAAACUCAUAUGGACUUACAAGCAAUUACAGGAGGAGGUCUCUCGGUUGGCUGGUGUACUUGUGAGAAAUGGCGUGAAGAAGGGAGACCUGGUGGUGAUCUACAUGCCCAUGGUGCCCCAGGCCAUGUUUGCCAUGUUGGCAUGUGCCAGGAUAGGGGCAACCCACAGCCUCAUCUUUGGCGGCUUUGCUUCCAAGGAGCUGUCGGCGCGCAUCGACCACGCAAAGCCCAAGAUGAUUGUGACGGCCUCGUUUGGCAUCGAGCCGGGGAGGAGAGUGGAGUACAUUCCUCUGGUGGAGAAGGCCCUGGAGCUGAGCAGCCACAAGCCCAGCAAAGUGCUCAUCUUUAGCAGGCCCAAUAUGGAGAGGGUGGCCAUGCACCCGGACCUGAGCCUGGACUGGGACGAGGAGAUGGCCAAGGCCCAGCCCCACGCCUGCGUGCCCCUCCCUGCUGACCACCCCCUCUACAUCCUCUACACGUCAGGCACAACGGGCGCGCCGAAGGGCAUCGUCAGAGAUACCGCGGGCUAUGCAGUCAUGCUGAACUGGACCAUGUCCAAUGUGUAUGGACUCAGUCCUGGAGAGGUGUGGUGGGCGGCAUCAGACCUCGGCUGGGUGGUUGGCCACUCCUACAUCUGCUACGCCCCUCUUCUCCAUGGCAACACCACCAUUAUCUAUGAGGGUAAACCUGUGGGGACUCCAGAUUCGGGGGCAUUUUUCCGUGUGCUCUCAGAGCACGGAGUGUCCUCUAUGUUCACAGCGCCCACGGCCAUCCGAGCCAUCCGUCAGCAAGACCCCCAGGCAGCCAGAGGAACACAGUACCCCCUACACAGGCUGCGGAGCUUGUUCUUGGCAGGGGAACGCUGCGAUGUGGAGACUCUGGAUUGGGCCCAGAAGAUUUUCAGAGUUCCAGUGUUGGACCACUGGUGGCAGACAGAGAGUGGAUCAGCCAUCACUGCCUCCUGCCUCGGUCUGGAAUGCUCAGUCUCACCUCCUGCUGGCCAAGCAGGCAAGCCAGUGCCUGGGUACGAUGUCACUGUGAUUGAUGAUGACAUGCAGGUAGUGGAGCCCAGGAUCCUGGGAAAUAUUGUCGUGAAACUUCCAUUACCUCCUGGGGCGGCUCUGUCACUGUGGCGAAAUGCUGAUUUGUUCAGGAAGCUGUACUUUACCAGGUUUACGGGUUAUUAUGACACCAUGGACGCAGGCUUCGUGGAUGAGGAGGGCUUUCUGUACAUCAUGUCGCGGUCUGAUGACGUCAUCAACGUUGCAGGCCACAGGUUGUCUGCUGGAGCGCUGGAGGAAUCAGUGCUGUUGCAUGCUGGGAUAGCGGACUGCGCAGUGGUGGGGCUUGAGGACUCCCUGAAGGGCCACGUUCCGCUGGCUCUGUGUGUGCUGCGUAGUGACUGUCAGAAGAGCCAGGAAGAGGUUGUGAAGGAGAUUGUGAGUGUGGUCCGUGAGACGAUUGGGCCAGUGGCUGCGUUCAGGAACGUUCUGUUUGUUACGGGUCUGCCCAAGACGCGCUCAGGAAAGAUCCCUCGCUCCUCUCUGGCCAACCUCGUCAAUGGAAAGCCAUAUAAGAUCACUCCGACCAUAGAGGACCCCGGGGUGUACAAGGACAUUGAGAAGGCAGUGCAAGAGAAUCAGAGAGGACACGGACAGUGACACACACACACACACACACACACACACACACACACACACACACACACACACACACACACACACACACACACACACACACACAAGCCUAUCAGAGCAAGCCCUCCAGGAAACCACUUGAAUGUUCUCUCUCUCUCUCAUAUAAACAGAGCACUCUUCCUAUAGACUGCACAAACCUUUUAUGGUGACCUGAUCAGUAUUAUGAUUUUAACUUGAUUCAUAUGCAGUCUCACACACACACACACACACACACACACUCCUUCUAUAGGGUAUCAGCCCUAGACAGACAUUGAGAAUGUUUACAUUGUUGAUCAUCAUUGUCGCAUCAUUGCUUAUUGGUAAAUCAAUCAAAUGUAGUGAACCUUUCUGGGGAUAUCCUAGCGUAGCUAUGUCAGUUAUCGGACAGUGUCAAACAUCGGCCAUUCUGUUAAACAAUCAAAAUGCUAAGUUUAAUAAUGGAUUAACAUGACAACGUGAAUGUUUGCCGAUAACACACGCCGUCCGAUAAUUAACCCCGUUACGAUAUAGAACUAUGUUUCUGUAAUGGCCGAAUCAUGAGGAGAGCAAUGGUCAUUUUUAAUACUAAUGAGAAUCAAAUAUUAACAUUCGUUUUAUAUUCAGAGCUGCUUUGCACAGGCGAAACUGCCAAAGCUGCAGUAUAGUCAGGGGAACAGACAUUCACUUCUUUGACAUUACUUUUUAUUGACAAUGAAAAUUCAGUUUGAUCACCACAUAGUUUUGACCAAAAUACAAUCAGUAAUAAAUAAAAAAAUGGACACAAAAUAAAA